AUGACCAACUUCCAGUUUGAAGGAUGCGCUAGCGAGCCCCCAAAAGCUCCGGCUGGAGUGGCAGUUGAAUUCAAGGUUUCAGUGCCAGAAGAGAUUUUGGAAGACUUGUCCGCAAGAUUGAAUCGAGCUAGAUUCCCAAACCAAUUGGAAGGAGCAGAGGAUUGGAGUUAUGGAACUGAACUCACAUACUUGAAAUCCCUUGUGGAAUAUUGGAAGAACUCGUACGAUUGGAGGAAACAGGAAGCAGCUUUGAACGAAUUCAGUCAUUUCAAGAUGUACAUUCCUCAAACGGAUAUCAAUGUCCACUUCAUUCACGCAAAGUCACCUCGAGCAGAUGCCAAACCUCUCUUACUGGCUCAUGGCUGGCCGGGCUCAUUCUACGAAUUUCACAAGAUCGCUCAACGCCUGUCAAAUCCCGAAGACCCCAAAGCACCUGCAUUCCAUCUCAUUCUCAAAACAGGAUAUGGAUUCUCAUCUGCUCCGAAAACCAAGGGCUUCAACACCCGCAAGAUUGGUGAUACAUUCAACCAAUUGAUGGUUUAUCUCGGAUAUACUCGUUAUUUCGCUCAAGGUGGAGACUGGGGAGCUAUUAUUGUCCGAAGUCUCGGAUUGAAUCAUGCAAAGAACUGUGCUGCAAUCCACAUCAACAUGUGUGUAGCCAUGCCAUCGUUAUACAACCCAAUCCACGUGCUACAACUAGUCGAACUCGCGACUGUUGGUCCAACAUUCUUCUUGACUAAACAAGAAGCUGGGUUCAUUGCUGAUACUCAAUUUUUCCAAAAGAAUGAAACUGCAUAUCAGGCAAUUCAAGGAACCAAACCUCAAACAUUGGGUUAUGGAUUGAAUGAUUCUCCUGUCGGCCUCCUCGCAUGGAUUGUCGAAAAAUUCCGUACCUGGUCAGACUGUAAGGGAAACGUCGAAAACAAGUUCUCCAAGGACGAGAUUAUUACAAACAUUAUGAUUUACUGGGUCAACGGUGCAAUCACUUCGUCUACUCGUUUGUACUAUGAAUCAAUCGGACAAGCCGCCGCCAACAAGUACUCUGAUAGCUUCCAGGCAUACGUCACCGUUCCCACAGGUGUCGCAGUCUUCCCCAAAGAGUUGUUCAAGGCUCCAAAGUCUUGGGCCCAAGCUAGUUACAAUGUCAAGCACUGGUCUGUCUUCAAUUCUGGAGGUCAUUUCGCGGCACUUGAAGAACCUGAUACCUUAUUGCAAGACAUGAGGGCCUUCUUUGGUCCGUUGUCAAAGUCGCUCUCAAAGACCAGCAAGCUCUGA